AUGAAGGAGGGGAAUAGGGAGUCCAAGUUGUCUGAAGAUUCUUCAAUCACUCUGUCAAGUGACACAGAUGUUUCUCUUUCUUCAUAUGAUGAAGAUCAGGGAUCUAAACUUAUCCGAAAAGCUAGAGAGGCACCAUUUGUCCCCACUGGAAUGGCAGGUUUUGCAACAAUCGUUGCAUAUAGAUUAUAUAAGUUGAAGAGCAGGGGAAAUACUAAAAUGUCUGUUCACCUGAUCCACAUGCGCGUGGCAACCCAAGGCUUUGUUGUGGGAACAAUGACUCUUGGUAUGGGCUAUUCCAUGUAUCGAGAAUUCUGGGCAAAACCUAAACCUUAGAAGAGGAGACGUUGUCUUGGUCUCAUUGGUGGUGCUUGCUUUAGUUAGACAUCUCAUAUUGAGGUUAUAUGUUUAUGUUGAAAAUAAAUUCUUUGAGUCGGACAAUAGCAUGGUAAUUUGAAUACUGGCUUCCUUUCUUGCAGGCUUGAUUUGCUUGGUGACCAGGUUACUGGUGACUAGUUUACUAGCUAGGUCAUUCAGGGGAGUCAGAUUAGCACAAAAACAUGUCAUUUUUAAAUGCACUUGAUCGUGGUACAAUGUCCACCUUCUUAAACUCUUCUGAUGAAAUUAGUUGUAAAGAGGACAACAUGCCAAUCCUGAUAAUGCUCCCAGUUGCUGCAGAAUAUCAUAUGCUUUUGAUGUAAUAUAGGAAUCCUAUUUACCCCAGUUAAUUUAACUAUUUCUGACUGCCUUGUUGACUGAGUACUGUUUUAAGGGCUGGUUGGCUCUUGAGGAACUCUUUCAGAACAGUGCACAGAAUACAGCAUUAUAAACCUCCUGGCAACUAUAUGGGUGUUUUUAAACCAAACCUAAAAAGCUGGUAAGAGAGCUGCUUUGAAGUAGUAUUUAUUUCAGAAUCAUAGUUGUAAAUAUGAGAAUAACUUAACUGUAGA